AUGAACGACAAUGAACCUAGUACCCCUCAUGCUACCACUUCCUGCGAAACACCCCGUGGUGACCAUCAGCGUCCUGGCGAUCCAAACUGGACCUUCUACCAAGGUCCCCGCCAGCGAGGUGAAAAUGAUGCCUUCCGUUUCCAUCCUCCCAGACCUCGCUCCUGUUGCCACGACUCCUCCAGACCUCGUUCCAAUCGCCAUAACCCUUCCUUGAAUCCAAGUGACGACAUCUUCCGCCAUUUCAAUACAUUUCCAAGAACGGAUCGGAUGCGCAGACAAAGGACAACACAUUGCCGCCGACCAAACAUGCCACAAAUCUACAGACCUACCGUUGGUGUUGGACUCCCGAUGGUUUGCGUUGCCGUUCUAUCUUCUCCCGCAGCCAAAGCUUUCUUUAAGAAUGCCGAUAUUCCACAACAAUUCAGCAAGGUCAUCAACUGCUUUCGUGCUGCGAUGAACCCAGAUGAAUUGAGAACAGAUAUGUCAGAUGAUGAAAAGACGACAAGGUACCGGAUAAUCUGGGAUUCCGGUGCAACAACCUUGAUCUCACCUUACAAGGACGAUUUUGUGGGAAAGCUUGAGCCAGCACCUCUUGGACUCAAGCUUUGUGGAAUCGCUAGCGGCCUGGAAAUCAAAGGGAUUGGACAUGUUGCAUGACAUACACCGAUGAGUCCUCAUCUACACUUGUCAGGAUCACACAAAACAAAUCCAGUACAUGUUGACCACCACCCUUCAACAAACUUGCCAACAUCGCUUGCCUACUCCCAUGGAACCGCUCCUAACCGAUUUGAUGCAUUCGCCAGCAUCAUCACGUCCACCUUGGAGUCAAACCACAACCUCAGUCCUGCAAAGAAAGAACUCCUAAGAUGGCACCAUUGGCUUGGCCAUCUCAACUUCAAACAUCGUCGACCUUCUCCCGGAAAGACUUCUCGGGUCGUUUGUGAUCGAGAGGGAGUUUUGAAGAAAGAAAACCUGUUCCCAGGACAAAAGGUGUCAGGACAAUUGCUUCAUACCUUUGGCAAAGAAGAUCCCAAGACACAGUACACCGGAGGAUGCAUCUUCGUUGACCACGCAACAGGUUACGUCUUCGUCAAGCACCAAGUUCAUCUGAACACCCAAGAGACACUGAGUGCAAAGAUAUCUGUGGAAGAACAACUUCGAGAUUUUGGAGUAGUUGUACUCGAAUAUAUAAGUGACAAUGGAAGGCCCUUCACAUCGCAAGAAUACAAUGAUCACUUACUCAAGUUCUCACAAAUUCACUCAUUUGCUGGCGUCGGAGCUCAUCAUCACAAUGGAAUUGCCGAACGAUCAAUCCAAACCAUCAUGUCCAUCGCUCGAACAAUGAUGAUGCAUCAAGCCAUCCAUAGGCCUGAUGUUGCAACCACCACACUCUGGCCCCUCACAGUGGAUCAUGCCGUCUUCCUCUAUAACCACAUGCCCAACCAAUCAUCUGGUCUCUCACCACACGAUCUGCUUACCAAAACCCGUUGGAAACAAUCACAACUUGCCGAUGUUCAAGUUUGGGGAUGCCCAGUGUAUGUCUUGGACAAAUAG